CCUCCCCUUACCCUUCACUUCCCUCCCACUUUUCUCUCUCACUCUAAAGAGCACUCAGUCUCUGCGCUCCCCUUCAUUUCCCGCUCCAACAUGUUGGCAGGAGGAGGCAGAGGAGGAUGCUGCGCUCUACCCUCGGUGCGUUCCUGCCACCUCUUCGGCCAGCGCACACUGCCUCUGACUCAGACACAGCCUCAGCUUUCAGUUGUCUCCGCCUGAAGGACUUAAGAGAGGAGGUGGAGGAGGAACCCAAGGAUACACUGGAGAUCAGGAGCUCUCACACCAGGGUCCCCAACAGGAACAAUAACAGCAGGAGAGUGGAACAGAGCAACUGCUCUUCAUCUGUGGUGGAAACUGCUAAUACCUCAGCCGUGACCACCUCCUCCGCCUCCUCUGGUUUCCCUCCCUCCUCUUCCCCCUUAUCGGCUCCAAGAUCCAUGUGGCAAGAGGCAAUAAGGAGGAAACGGUACCUCCUGGACCGGACAGGGGAGUCUGGUGAGGGGGAGAAAGGAGGAGGACGAGGUCAGGAGAGGAGGAACAGGUCUCCGGACUGGCUGUAUGAGUCCUACUACUGUAUGAGCCAGCAGCAUCCUCUCAUUGUGUUUCUGCUGCUCAUAGUGAUGGGAGCCUGCCUGGCUCUACUGGCUGUGUUCUUUGCUUCAGGACUGAACGUUGAGGACCAUGUGGCCUUUGUAAUCACGGUGCCCACAGCGUUGGCCAUCUUCCUGGCUGUGUUUGUACUGGUGUGCAUUGAGUCCAUCUUCAAGAAGCUUCUACGUGUUUUCUCUCUGGUCAUCUGGGCCUGCUUGGUUGCCAUGGGUUACCUUUUUAUGUUUUCUGGCGGGAUCGUCUGUCCCUGGGAUCAGGUGUCCUUCUUCCUGUUCAUUGUGUUUGUGGUAUACACCAUGCUGCCAUUCUCAAUGCGGGAUGCCAUCAUCGCCAGUGUCCUGACCUCCGCCUCGCACACCAUUGUAUUGAGUGUCUGCCUGUCCAGCACAGCCGAUCACAUGGAACCAGUAAUAUGGCAGAUUUUGGCCAAUAUUAUUAUUUUCAUGUGUGGCAACAUGGCGGGGGCGUACCACAAACAUCUGAUGGAGUUGGCACUGAAACAGACUUACCAGGACACCUGCAACUGCAUAAAAUCUCCCAUUAAACUGGAGUUUGAGAAGAGACAACAGGAGCGUCUCCUGUUGUCACUGCUGCCAGCUCACAUCGCCCGUGUCAUGAAAGCUGAGAUCAUCCAGAGACUGAAGGGCCCAAACUUUGGCCAAAUUGAGAACACAAACAAUUUUCACAAUCUCUAUGUCCAGAGACACACUAAUGUCAGUAUACUAUAUGCUGAUAUAGUUGGAUUCACACGGCUGGCCAGUGACUGCUCACCUGGAGAGCUGGUGCACAUGUUGAAUGAGCUGUUUGGCAAAUUUGAUCAAAUUGCCAAGGAAAAUGAAUGUAUGCGGAUAAAAAUCCUUGGUGACUGUUACUACUGUGUAUCCGGCCUUCCAGAGUCCCUGCCGAACCACGCUAAGAACUGUGUCAAAAUGGGUCUGGACAUGUGCGAGGCCAUCAAGAAAGUGCGAGAUGCCACAGGGGUGGACAUCAAUAUGCGUGUUGGCGUGCAUUCAGGGAAUGUCCUUUGUGGUGUGAUUGGACUUCAGAAAUGGCAGUAUGAUGUUUGGUCACAUGAUGUCACGCUGGCCAACCAUAUGGAGGCUGGAGGUGUACCAGGGCGAGUCCACAUCACCUCAGUAACACUGGAGCACCUAAAUGGUAGCUAUAAGGUAGAAGAUGGGGAUGGACAAGAGAGAGACCCUUACCUGAAGGAACAUGGAGUCAUCACUUAUCUGGUCAUCAACCCAAAGGUUGAGCGUCGGAGCCCACAGCAUCAUUACCGUCCCAGACCCACUUUAUACGGAGCAAAGAUGAGAGCCUCAGUCAGGAUGACCCGCUACCUGGAGUCCUGGGGAGCAGCCAAGCCCUUUGCCAACCUACAUCACAGAGACAGCAUGACCAAUGAGAACGGGAAGAUCAACACUGCUGAUGUGCCAAUGGGGCAGUAUCACUUCCAGAGGAGAUCAGAAAGGACAAAAUCUCAGAAGAAACGGUUUGAGGAGGAACUUAACGAGAGGAUGAUCAGGACCUUUGAUGGGAUAAAUUCGCAGAAACAGUGGCUCAAGUCUGAGGACAUCCAAAGAAUAUCAUUGUUCUUUCACAACAAAUCCUUGGAGAAGGAGUACAGAGCAACAAUCUUGCCGGCCUUCAAAUACUAUGUCACCUGCGCCUGUUUGAUCUUUUUCUGCAUUUUCAUUGUGCAGAUUCUCGUCCUGCCAAAGACAACUGUCUUGGGAAUAUCCUUUGGAAUGGCUUUUCUUAUUCUUUCCUUGAUCCUCUUCAUAUGUUUCAUUGGACACUUCCUGCAUUGCAGUAAAAGCGUCCCCACUUCUUGGAUGUGGCUGCUGAGGUCAUCAGUCAUUAUUGCCAACAAGCCAUGGCCCCGCAUCACUCUCACCAUGACAACCACAGCUCUAAUACUCAUAAUGGCAGUCUUCAACAUGUUCUUUUUGGAAGACAAUGUGUUGCCUCCAGUUCCCGUUUACAAUUCAUCCAAUGAAACACUGUUUUACCCUUAUGGACAACUAGUGGCCUUUACUGGCAAAAACAAUUUCUACCUUCCUUAUUUAAUUUACAGUUGUAUCCUGGGCCUAAUCUCAUGCUCGGUGUUCCUGAGGAUAAACUAUGAGCUGAAGAUGAUUAUUAUGUUGACAGCCGUGGUGGUUUACAACAUCAUUAUUCUACAAACGCACGCUUCGCUGCUGGAUGAAUAUAGCAGAUUCCUCUACAAAACUGAAAGCUUGGACAGACCAGGAGUUCUCAAAGACCUGAAGACUAUGGGCUCUAUCUCCCUCUUUAUCUUCUUCAUCACUCUGCUUGUGCUUGCCAGACAGAAUGAAUAUUACUGUAGGUUAGACUUUCUGUGGAAGAACAAAUUCAAGAAGGAGUGUGAGGAGAUUGAAACCAUGGAGAACCUCAACCGGGUUUUGCUGGAGAAUGUCCUUCCUGCACACGUAGCGGAACACUUCCUGGCACGCAACUGGAAGAAUGAGGAUCUGUACCACCAGUCCUAUGACCUGGUGUGUGUCAUGUUUGCCUCCAUCCCAGACUUUAAAGAGUUCUACACUGAGUCUGACGUCAACAAAGAGGGAUUAGAGUGCCUCAGGCUCCUCAAUGAGAUCAUUGCUGAUUUUGAUGAGCUGCUGUCCAAACCUAAAUUCAGCGGCGUGGAAAAGAUCAAGACCAUUGGCAGCACUUACAUGGCUGCUACUGGGCUAAACGCAUCACCUGGGCCUGAGUACACAUCACAGGAACAUGACAGGCAGUACAUGCACAUAGGGACCAUGGUGGAGUUUGCAUUUGCUUUGGUGGGGAAGCUGGAUGUUAUCAACAAACACUCCUUCAAUGACUUCAAACUCAGAGUUGGUAUUAACCAUGGUCCAGUGAUAGCUGGAGUCAUUGGAGCCCAGAAACCACAGUAUGAUAUCUGGGGGAACACAGUGAAUGUAGCGAGCAGAAUGGACAGCACUGGAGUCCUCGGAAAAAUACAGGUGACGGAGGAGACGAGUCGCAUCCUUCAGACCCUGGGCUACAUGUGCUCUUGUAGAGGCAUCAUCAACGUCAAGGGCAAAGGAGAGCUCAAGACCUACUUUGUACACACAGAGAUGACCCGCUCACUGUCCCAGGGGAAUGUAAUGCCAUAAGACUGAUUCAGAAUAUAAACUGAAUUUACAUAGGCACAAAGAACAGACUUUUAUUUCAGAUGGGAGAGGUUCGAGCUUCUCAGUGCUGCUGAAACAGAGACAAAGUGAGGCACGAAGGAAUCAGAUCUGCACUGCAAGAAGGAGAAAAAUCUGAUUUUACCGUUGCAUUGAGAGUUACCGACGCCACAGCUGUAGUAUCCAUUUUGUCACUUAUGUAAGUGUAGCAUGUACAGCAAGUAGGCAAUAAACCCCUGGAAUAUACUGAAAUGUGUUGGAUCAAGAAAAGUCAAAUGGCAUAAGUCAUUCAGAGAGAAUAAUCAGAAAUAAUUUAAUUAGUGUUGUGACUCAGUUCUCUGAGGCUGUAGGCAGUCACUGUGCCAUAAUAGCUGCUUUUUCAACCAGGUGAAUCAACAAAAGGAAUCUAUAUUCUGUUCACUUUACACAUGACAACUGAUGUACAAUAAGAAGAAGAGAAACAAUGUGCAUGGCAACAAUUGUAACAUCAAGGCCUCUUGAAGGGCAUCUAAAAGAUAAGAAUUUCAGAGUGAACAAUGGUAAUAUAAAAAUGACACGCUGGUGGUUCAGAUAUAAAGUUUGCUUGCCCCCAACUUAACCAAUUUCUUAUGGAGUGAUACAGAAGGCCACAGAUCUGAUAUUAAAAUGAAAGCAAAGGACAAACAUAAGAGAAAACUGCAUGACCACUGUUGCAAAAGUGAGCUGGUCCUGUUUGAAAAACACAGCCAACAAGGAGACACACAUAUGUGUACAUAACUCCAUCAACCUUGUUAGAAGCACGAAGUCUUGGAUGUAUUUUACAGGCAGUCUAGGACCAUUAAAAAAAACAAAACUUAAAAAAAAAAAAAAAAAAGAGAAAAUUUAUGAAUAUAUUAUGAUAUUCAUGCAGGGCUGCGUUUCCCAAAAUGGUCUUUGCACUUAAAUCAUCUUAUCUUCAUUGACUGUUUACACAAAAGAAAAAUUUUAAUCCUUUAUGGCAUCAGAUCAGAUUUAUUAAUUUCUGCUGAAAAAUGGAAAACUUGCUGUUCAAACAAGGCUGAGAGGAUCAGCUCUGAGCCAUACAGAUUUAAAACCAGGUUAAAGUAACACUAUCGGAUAACAAAAAGGGACAAAAGAUGAUUUCAGUGUGUGGAUUUUAAUUUGGGAAAUCUGAGCCUGAUCUGUGUACAGGGUAGCUUUAGAGUGCAUAUGGUACUGUGGUUUUGUAAGAAAAGAAAAUACUACCAAAAAAGUGUUUUGAUGUUUUGAUGAUGCCAUUGUUUUUUGUAAAAACUUCAUUAAAAUUUCUAUGUAUUUCAGUCCUAUGGAGUGCUUUUAUUUGCCUUGGAGGGCCUUUAAAAAUGACCAGCUCACCGCAUAUUAACACAACUGGACUGAUAGUCUCUUUAUCAACCUAAACUAGUCUGUGUGUGAGGCGGGUUACAUUACAACACUCACAUAAACUAACUGAAUCAAUACAAUGCAUGACUCACAAUGAGUCCUCUUUGGUUCAACAUGUGUUUUUCUAUGAAACACAAUACAUACUUGACAUUGAGCAAUGGCCCUGAUGAGCAGAUGGACAGAUACAAUGUGUCUAGACUUAUCAGGGCCAAAGUUGGGUCAGUUCAGGGUAGCAGCACAGCUCAUGUCCUAUCUGCUUUACACUGAUUCAUUGCAAUUUUAAAAUGGAUAGAUAUGAAUAGACACAAC